GACAACCACCACCACAAGUAGACAAAGGCGAACCGAGGUAAUCACCGGAGCAGUUACAUAAACGUAUCUGGUUCUGAGGAAAGCCACAUCUCCCAUCGUCUUCUUCGUGCUCGUGGUUUUUCACCCAGCUCAUGGAAGGAGCCAACUCCGGCCCCCCAAACACGAGGAUUGCCGUCGUCACCGGCGGGAACAAAGGGAUCGGUUUCGAGGUGUGCAGGCAACUAGCCAGCGGCGGCGUCACGGUGGUUUUGACGGCCCGGGACGAGACGAGGGGCACGGCGGCCGUGGAGAAGCUCAAGGGGCUGGGGAUCAGUGGUGUCGUCUUCCAUCAGCUGGACAUCACAAACGCUUCGAGCAUUGCUGGAUUGGCCGAUUUCUUGAAGACCCGUUUCGGGAAGCUAGAUAUUCUGGUGAAUAAUGCCGCAAUUGGUGGGGUUGAGUACCUCCAAGAACUCGAUACCAAUGAGGAAAAGUUCAGUGGCCUAGAUUUCCACCAGAGACUCGAAUGGAUGUUCACAAACAUCAACGAGACCGUCGACGGCUCAAAGGAAGGUGUGAAGACAGACUACUACGGCACCAAGCAUGUAAUCGAAGCCCUGCUGCCUCUCCUGCAAUCUUCCUCCGACGGGAGAUUAGUGAAUGUCUCCUCUGAUGCUGGACUGCUAACGGCAAGUUCCGAUGUACCAGUCAUGCUAUAUAGUGAUGCACCAAAAUUUCCCCCAUAUCCUACUUUUAUAGUAACAGUUUUUCUUUUGAUCCAUGUGUACGUGCAGUUUAUCAAGAACGAGGAGGUGAGGCAGGAGCUGAACGACAUCGACAACCUGACGGAGCAGAGAAUAGACGAGCUGCUGGACAAGUUCCUCGAGGAUUUUGAGGCCGGGACGUCGGAGGCGCAGGGGUGGCCCACCGUUCUCGCAGCGUAUAAGAUGGCCAAAGCCGCCAUGAACGCGUACUCGAGGAUCUUGGCAAAGAGGCACCCGGAGCUCCGUGUCAACUGCGUGCAUCCAGGCUACGUCAGGACCGACAUAACCAUGGGCUCGGGUAUCCUGACGCCCGAGGAGGGCGCGCGUAACGUGGUGAAGGUGGCGCUGCUGCCGGAGGGUUCGCCGACCGGCUUGUACUUCGACAAGGGUGAGGAGGCGUCGUUCGUCUGAGAGAUGCCUACCCUCGCCGCGGCUCGACCGCAGCUUACGACGCCACUGCCUUAACUGGUUUUGUGGUAGCUACACUGGUUGUUUUAGAUGAGGAUUUACAUUGAAUAUUCAUAA